CACGCAGCUGUCAAAGAUAGCUGUCACCCAGUUUCAGGAUCAAACACACACACAGUCAAUGAGGAAAGGGCUGUGAGCCGAAGGGACGCACACACAGAUCUCAGGUAACCCCCCCAUUACUCUUCCUCCUCCUCCUCAUCACCACCAAGACUCCAAACAAGGACAAGAAGAGGGACAGAUAAAAUAUAUAUUCAAGCGGGGGAAAAUAAAGGAAGGGGCUUUCCUUUCUUUCUUUCUUUUUUUUCCUUUGGAUGAUUUUCGGAUACACGCUGGAGCAAAGACGAAAAACAACAAGAGAAUUCUCUUCUGCGCUUGGCGAGGAAUUACUGGGAAUCUUCGGACGGAGAUGAAGUCGAAAAAGGGUUUGACGAUGCCGUCGGGGAGCGAGACCGACGACGAGGACAGCGUGGACGCUCCCCUGGACCUGUCCUCGAGCGCCGGGAGCAACGGGAAGAGGAAGCGGAGGGGGAACCUGCCCAAGGAGUCGGUCCAGAUCCUCAGGGACUGGCUGUACGAGCACCGUUACAACGCUUACCCGUCCGAGCAGGAGAAAGCCCUCCUCUCCAAGCAGACUCAGCUGUCCACGUUGCAGGUGUGCAACUGGUUCAUUAACGCCCGGCGACGCCUCCUCCCCGAGAUGCUGAGAAAAGACGGCAAAGACCCGAACCAGUUCACCAUCUCCAGGAAGGGCAGCAAGAGCGGCGACAGCUUCUCCGACAGCUCGCAGUCCCCGAAGCACAGCAGCCCCCCGGCGUCGGGCCCCGAGGAGGGCUGCGACAAGCGCGCCCUGCACCCCUCCGGCUUCGACCCCGCCGUGCCCGGCGUCUUGAGGAAGACCGUGUCCCCCGCUGCGCCCUCUCUGACGUCCUCCUCCUCGGGRCUCGUUCCAAACCGGCCCUCCGUCAUCUGUCACACCACCGUGGCGGCCCCCCACCCGCCGGUGUCGGGCAUGAACUGCGACAGGGCGGCCGAGCUGUUGCAGUCGGCGCAGGCGCUGCUCCGGUGCCGGGACGAGGGGUACCCGUUUGSCGCCGCCGCCGCCACCAUCCUCGGCGGCGCCGGCGUGGAGGGCAACCUGAGCCCCCGCAGCGGGCUCUUUAACACCCCUCCCCCGACCCCGCCAGACCUCACACAAGACUUCAGUGGCUUCCAGCUCCUGGUGGACGUGGCCCUCAAACGAGCUGCAGAGAUGGAGCUGCAAGCCAAACAGCUGGUCUCCUAAAGGAGAGGGAGGGGCCUGAGACUGACUGUGUGUCUGGAGCUGUGGAAGUCCUCACGUCAGUGACUCGUCUGCGCCAAACAGAACAAAUCCACACGAAACACCUGAUCAUUUCUACUUUUGGUAUACCAAUCAGUUCGACAAGGAUGUUUUUUUUUUUUUUUAGUUUUUUUUUAAUAGAAAAAGAAACUGUAUCAAGGUGCCUUGGCUGUAAGUUUAGUCAUUUCAUAUACAUGCGUAUGUAUCUACAUGUGUAUUUUAUUUGCACACGGGGACCAAAAACAAUGUUAUCAAAGAAAUGCUGCCUGUCUGUCCYGAUUUCCAUUACACUAAAUCUCGCCUUUCUAUAAAAGAGACAGAACUAGAACAGACGGGUCGCAUCCACACGUUUACGGUUCAACAUUUCAGAGAUCAGUUCCUGAUUGGUCUGCCUCGUUUGUUUGCACACUAAAAGGCAGAGGAAGGUCAUCUCAUUGUCUUAAAACAUAAUUUGCUCUUGGCAUCAGAUGGAAAACGUAUUCACUACUGUAGAAAAUGUUUGUUUUAAUGAGUAUAGUUUUUUUGUAAUUUACUUUUAGCUGUUUUAAAAGAAUAAAAACUCUGCUUUUAUUUGAAGUUUUUUUUUUAUACCAAGGGAUAUUUCAGAUGACCAAUGUAGCAGGUUCUCAAGCAGAACCUUCACCCCAUCACUCAGCGGAGAAAAAAAAAAAGACGACGGCCAGUGAACUGGAAAACUAGAACACUACAGAGAUCUUUUAUUUUCAGCAACCUUACAAAGAGCUUUUUUUAAAUCACCAAAAACAAGCAUUUUCAUUUCUAAUAGGAUCUCAUGUAUAGCCAAUGUGACAUGAUGCCCAAUGAUGUGAUUUCUUUUCAUACUGUGCAAUGUUUGUGGCGAAUAGGGGUCACAUGGGAUUCAAAUAAAGUUUUUUUUCUACAUCUCA